AGUUAUUUUUCUCUGUGGUGUCCACAUGUAUCCACACUGUGAGUAUACACAUGUUGUCUAAUGUAUGUAGAGGAAUAUAAACGAGAUAAAACUGCGAUAUGAAAACUGGACAGGUCAUAUAGCUCGUUAAAGAUACUGUUAGAAGAUGUUGAGUGAUUCUGAGGCUGCAGAGCUGCUCUCCUUCCUAACCCCCGAUACACGUCCUGAUGUCAAAGGUCACACCACAGGCUACAUCCUGGGGAUGUCUGGACACAGGGAUGGCUGCCGCUUCCUCCGCUCUAAAUCUGACUUACUGGUGGCCCUGUUUGCUCUGACGUCUGACCCCUCUAUUGCUAUCGUGAAGGACUGUUACCACAUCUUCAUCAACCUGUCAGCUGAUGAGACUCUGCACCAGGUUUUGCUGGCCGAUGUCAAGGUUCUUCCGGUGUUGUUAAAAAGGGUUUUGGAUCCAGAGUACCUGUUCUCUGAUCAAAUCUGCACCAUCCUGUCCAACCUGACCCGCCAUUUGAAGACCUGCAAGACCGUGUUCCAGGUCCUCCAGGAGGAGGUUGGUCUGGCUCAGCUGGUGGAGGUCUUCUGCACUGAAGGUUACAACAAGAAGGCUAAUUUCAACUACCUGAGUCCUCUGCUGUCCAACCUGACACAGCUGCCCGAGGCCAGAAACUACAUUAUGGACAAGGACAGGUGUGUAAUCCAGAGGUUGCUUCCCUUCACUCAGUACCAGGCAUCAGCGGUGAGGAGGGGUGGAGUCGUAGGGACCCUGCGCAACUGUUGCUUUGACCACGCCCAUCAUGAGUGGUUGCUAAGCGACGCUGUGGACAUCCUGCCCUUCCUCCUGCUGCCGCUGGCCGGUCCAGAAGAGCUGACGGAGGAAGAAAAUGAGGGUCUCCCUGUGGACCUGCAGUACCUCCCCGAGGACAAGAAGAGAGAAGAAGACCCCGACAUCAGAAAGAUGCUGCUGGAAACACUUUUACUGCUGACAGCCACCAGAGCCGGCCGGAACACACUAAAAGAGAAGAACGUUUAUUACAUCAUGAGAGAGUUCCACCGCUGGGAGAAGGACGUCCACGUUACAGCAGCCUGUGAGAAACUGGUCGAAGUGCUGAUAGGAGACGAGCCGGAGCAGGGGAUGGAGAACCUGUUGGAGGUGGAGAUUCCUGAGGACGUGGAGGUGAAACUGAAGGAGGCAGACAUCAAAGAACAGCAGGAGCUGGAGAAAGAGCAGGAGAGGAUGAGACAGGAGAAGGAGGAGGAGGAGAAGAAGAAGAGGGAUGCAGAGGGGGAAGACAAAGAACAGGAGAGUGGACUGAUACGAUAAAGCGCGUUUUUAGACCUGGCUUCAUGGACUGGAUCUGUUAAAGUCACCGCUUUUUGUCAAUCAGACAGUUAAACGUUCAUUACGGCUUCAUUCAGACAUGACAGGACAUUUUCAGAAAGAGCCACGAUGCUCUGUGAUAUUCGUCAGCUGGUCCAUCACUGCUGGAGAACAGCGCUGAGUUGAAAAGUGAGUAAUGACAUAAAAGAAGAGGGGUGUUUUCUGUUCUCUCACAGGCUGCACCAGGGAUGGAUUUUAAAACGUAUUUUGUUGUUAACUAAUUAACUAAUGUUGUGAGCGUGAGGAAUACUCUCCACUGAUAACAUUUUAUCAUCAUCAUCAUCAUCAUCAAAUAUUUCUGAAUGUAAUUGCUAUUUAAGUUUUGUUUUCCUCUCUGUCCCAAAAGAAAUAUUUUAGGGAAGGAUCUGACAUUAGAAGAAGUCUUAACAACUUAAAAGUGACUCAUUUUUUUUAUUUUUUUUUUUACAGUGGUCAGAAAAGGCAGAACCAUUAACUUUAAUGUAGAAUUGAUUUCUUCUGAUAUUAGACAAUAUGUAAAAUUGCCAGUAGGGAUGCACAGAUCCGAUUCUGAUAUCAUGCCGAUACUGACUCAAAUAGCUGGAUUGGUAUCCGUGACAACGGAGCUGAUCUAAUCAAUUCUAUGUUUAUAUACUAUAUAGAUUAUAUACUGGAAUUUAAAUUCCUGUUUAAGUUUUGAUCAGUCUGUUGCUGCAUUUAAAAGGUUUACACUGAAAUUGUAAUUCCUGUUAAUUUUGAAGAUUGUUCACCAAGUUGCUGGUGCACCGUGCACGAUUUAUUAUUUCAGUAAUAAAUAACAUCAGUACAUUUAUAGCUGUAUUUAUUUCUUACAUGUUGUUUUACAAAGCUAGGAAAGCAAUGUUUGAGUCAAGCCUGAUGUUCCCAUCAGCCAUUGCUAGUUAUCCCCCGAUGUCCGCUGUCGUCCGGGCGGGGGGAGUGAAGCAGAGAGGCCGUAGUAGACUCUGGGCUGCCGCUGCUGAUUGAUUGGUUCAUUGUAUGUAUCAUAGGAACGGUUUGUAUAUCUGGUUCGCUUUUUUGAAUUAAGAAUAGGUUACUGCCGCCUGCUGGCUUGGAGAGUUAUUUCCUCUCACGCAGGCGCGGGACGGAUGUGCUAGUUGGCCGUCGAUUGUAGUCUUUGCGGUGUCAAGUGCAACUUUUUGGCCAAGACACAGGCAACGCCACAGUCGGCCAUCAUCGCCACUAGGGCUUUGCUGUCUGCCUAGUGUGUCAGCACCUUUACACAAACUGUAAAAGAAUGAUCCCAGUCACUUUUACACAGUGAGGCAUACAGCUUAUUAAAUAAACACAUGCACGAUAUGAGGAAAAUAUCUAAUUGCGAUUAUUUUCUGAUACUGCAAUACUUUACUACAAAUACUCCGUACCAAAGAAAGAUGUUUUCUUUAGUCUGUAGGAUACGAUUGGUAGGCUAGGACGUCUCUGCAGCACCACAAUACUUCAUUCAGAAUGGUUUGACGCAUCGUUUUCCUUUAACACAUAUUGUGCCCCCCCCCAAUUUGAAUAUUGCACUAGUCCAAUAGCGAUUAAUUGUGCAGCCCUAGUAUAGAAUCAGUAAUCUGUAUCGUCUGACACCCAAAGCUCAGGUAUCAUGAAGGGGCUGAAACAGUUUGAUCGGUGCAUCCCUACGAUUUGCCAACAAUACGUGAUGGGGUGCGUUCUGGCCUGCUGACGGAUAUCUCACCAUCUGGUUUCCCUUAAGUUCCACUUUAAGUAGGUUUAAGGUUGAAAUGGCCGCUUAUUCCACUCUGACAGUAUUAUAUACUGUAUAUUGUGUAUCAUGAUGAUGUUCCAACUCUUUAUUGAAGCUGUUUGAUGUUAACACGAGUGAAAUAUUCAAACCCAGGACAGCUUUCCCUCAAAUAGAAAUAUUCUACAUGCCUGCCGCAUCACAUGCGUGGAAACUUUGAGAUCUCUACAAGAAUUUAAAAUAAAGUUCUAUCAGUUUGAAUUAUG